AUGGAGUCUCUCGGGCUGGGUCUACCGGGCGGCUUGACGCCUGGCAAUACGCGUCAGGCAUCUCACUCGGAAUACAUUCGAGCCAUCUCAGCUGCCGACACUCCGCUUCGCGAGUCGACCCUGUCCACCAACAACGGGGCAGGUGCCUCCUCAACGUCCAAUGGCAGGGACACGCUCGUGAAGACAGCCGGCGAGGAUGCGCUCCAGACUCCUGCGAAACGGAGGCGCUCGAUCCGGAAACGUACGCCGAAGCAAGUCCAGGCGGUCUUGAGCGAGCGCAAGAAGCGGUUCAGCAUGGGCAUACCGAGGAAAGAGAUGACGCCGGGACAACUGCUGCGAGCGCUAUCCCGAAUGUCCGAUCUUCCGCCUGCGACACCGAGCGAGGCAGAUACGACAUCACCAGCGCGAACACCCGACACUGCGAUCGGCUCAUCAGGUCUUCGUCGCGGCUCCUACAUUCCUCGCCAUUCUUCCCUGGCGCCAGUACUCGAGCACUCUUCUCCCGCUUCUCUCCAUACACAGUCCCUUAACGAACACCCUGCGGAUUCUGCAGACCUUCCAGCCGACACCUCCUUCUCGUCCGCCGCCAGCUCGACCACAUCGUCCGCCGAAGUCGCCGAAACCCUCCUCAGCGCGCAACGCCUGUCGCGGUCGUUCUCGCAGCUCCGCCGAUCCAUCAGCAUUGGCUCGCCGGCUGGUUCCGAUAGGUCAAUGUCGAGGCGCGAUAGCAUGGCUUCGGUCGCUUCGGUUGAGCAGGCGAGACGAGCGAGCGUGCAGCCGGAGGACCUGACUCAGUUUCUCGUCCGAAGGCGUCAGUUGCCAGUCGAGGGUCACGACGAAGCGAAGCGUGACGAGGACCACGUCGGUUCGGGCUCGCUUAGGGAGAGUAUCGGUAGGACCGGUCGCUUCAGCAUGGGCAGCGAGCUUGAAGGGGACCUUUCUUUUGCGGCUUCGGCAGCAGAUGUCGAGACCGCUUCCCACCCUCGCCUCUCCCUCGCCUCUGGCUUCGGCGAUAUCUCCUCUGCUCGCCUUUCACUUGCGACGACCACAUACGAGGAGGAUGACGACGUCGAUUCCGGCACAAAGGCCGACCUGUCGCGCGUUGAGAAGGAGGACAGCAACGAGUUUGCCGGCCGGUUCGCCGACGAGGACGAUCCGUUGGCCGGGCAGGAGUUUGGCGGAGGCUUUGACGACUACGACGAAACGAGUGUGGAGCGGAAGGAACUGUUGAACCUUGAAGGCGAAGGCGGUGUUGAGGCGGCGAAAGAUCUGGCAGACCGCAUCCCGUGGGACCUGAAGGGCAAGGGUCGAGCCGUCGAGGAGGACGAUGCGGAGCCAGGCGACGGUCUCGGUGGGGAUGGGGCUGAGAACGACGACGUGGUGGAUGAGUGGUUCGGUGCGCAGGAUGCUGGCCGCUUCGACUCUGAGCAGCCAGUCGGCCUUCCUACUCCGCCCCCCUUCUCCCCUCGCGCGACGAACCGCAAGCGGCCAGCGCCUGCUGCAGGAUCUCCAAAGCGAAAGAAGCAGAAGCGCCAACGGUACACCCGCAGCGGCGAAGAAGUGCCCGAUUUGCCCAAGUCUCGCCAAAAGGCGCUUUUCCAGCACUUCCUUGGGCCUGGCAUCAAGCUGGACGAAGCGGCUGUCGAAGCGUUGCUCGACGCGUCGCAGGAUUUCUUCGCCGCCUUGAUGGACGACGCAACGGCUUCGGCGAAGCGUUCCGGUCGGAAGGCGGCUCUAAAGGAUGCCGACCUUGUCGAAGCAAUGCACUGCCAGCGCUUGCUCAGUACAAAGACGCCUCUCCCGUCACUCGCUCGCGAUCUCGGCAUCGACCGGGAGCUACUUGCCGUCCUUGAAGGUGUCGGCAUCAGCGAACGCAAGCAAAGCACCCGGCGGAAGAAGCGCAAGGGUGAGGAGACGAGCGAAGAGGAGGACGAGUAG